UGUGUCAGUACAGCCUCAAAAGCCACAAGGAACAGACCCUCACCGAGAAGGGAGAACAACCCCAAAAAGAAAAAGCGGACAGACAAACUCUUUUCAGAAAACUACAAAGGUCCCACCUCUGACGUGGAAACAAGAAAGAAGACAAACAGGCAAUGCUGGAGUGAGGAGUAAGGAGAGAACUGUGAAAGCAAAAGCUCCAGAAUGUGGAAUGACCCAGUGGAGUUUCCAUCCUGGCGAUAAACCCAUGGGUCUGCCAUUCUGAUGUGGCCUGCUCUGAAGCACUCUGACGUUCAGGACGUUUCUCUGUUUCUCAGCAUCACAUUCUAUGUGUGGCACAUAGCAGUGGGUGCCAUCUCCAUCGAGUCUCCUCAGAAGAGCCUGACAAGGUCGGUGCAGGACCAUGUGUUUUUCUCUGUGGAUGUUACCUGCCUUGGGAUCCCCACAAUACAAUGGACCUUCAUGUCGGGGGUUGUGAGCCGGGGCAUAGGAAUCUGGAAACCUGGGGUUUUCACCAAUGUGACGGUGGAUUACAGAGACCGAGUGCACACUUACUCCAAUGGGUCCAUGGGACUGGCAAAUCUGCGUCUGCAGGACGCGGGCUACUAUGUCGUCACGGUGACGGACGCCUCUGGGAGCAGCAAGGAUGCUGGCUUUGUCUUGAAAGUGAACGAGAUCCUGUAUGAGGAUUUGCAAUACCUGUCAGUCUCCAUCGUGGUGCUGGGAGUCCUGGCUGGCAUUCUCCUGCUCUCCAUGUGGCUCACAGAGAAGGCCUACCGCCACCUCAAGGCACAGAGGCGCAAGCAACAGAUGCCAGAAAACGAUGAAACUGAGCUACAACAUCUCUGAUGGUCUGGAACUGAACCCAGUGUUUUAUGUCCCAAAUAGUUUCUACAUCAAUGAAAACAGCGGCAAAAGUAUUGACACCGGGAACAAAUGAAGACUUGCAAUGAGAAUAACUUUUUCUGAUAUUCUUUCACUGUACAUACUGUGUUAAGUGCUAUUUCACUGUCUAAAAAAUAAUCAAAUAUACAAAUGGAAACAAAUUAUAUAUUUAUUUUCCGUU